AUGACUGGCCGUCUUGGAUAUGAGGGGCGCCCGGAGCGUCAAAACGAAUACUUCAUUCCUGGCGAUGGUAUCAGCCGGGAAGUCAUCCAAGCAGACAUUUGCCGUUACCUUGGAAAUGAUGCGCUCGGUCGUCAGGGUUAUUUCAUUCGCGCCUACCGGAAUCUCACCUCUGAAAUGAUUGCUGACCUCAAAAAAGACUCGGCUCGGUGGGAGGCCGAUGUUCUACGUCGGGCUGACCAGGGCUAUCCCAGAGGUAGCUACCAACAAGAAUUAGGCUAUUCCCAGGCACCCAGCAUGCCCGCGGCGUCCUACCCGGUAUCUGCCAUUCAUGAAGGACGUCAGCAGGGAGGGCCAUCCCCUCCGCCUGCCUACUCAGCUCCUCCCCCUGCUCAGCCAUUCCCGGUGGAUCCAUAUGCACAAUCGUACCAGGCGACUCAAAGUCCCCCGUACCCACCUGCAUCAACUUACACCGGCCCCAACCAUUCACCCUAUGGAUCUGCCCCGAACCCCUACCCUAGUGGUCAGAUCCCUUACACUACUUCCAGCCAACCUCCGGUGACUGCUGAAAUGCACCCGUCGUCAUACACGUAUGGCCCUGGCUAUUAUGAGAAUGGAAGGAGCAAUGCCCCCAGGUAUCCCGGGCCUGGCUAUGAAACCGAACAGGACUAUUCUCCAGUUACCACCGGGAUCCCUUACCCUACUACCACAGCCCCGGACCCUCGGAUAGGAAUGGAUCCCAGAUACACUCCUGAGGCAUCAUACCCUCCGGCAGACCGCAAUAGGCCACAACCAGCCAGAGGCGGGGAAGCCCCUCGCCGGACUAGGUAA